AUGACUAAGAAAAAGAAGUUAGUAGAUAGUGAGACAAUUGCAUUAACAAAAGAAUGUAGUGUCAUUAUACAAAAUAAAUUGCCUCCAAAGUUGAAAGAUCCAGGGAGUUUCGUAGUUCCUUGCACUAUUAGUAAUGUUGAAUUCUCUAAAGUACUUUGUGACCUUAGUGCAAGUGUUUCAUUGAUACCUUUAAUUGUGAUUAGGCAAUUGGGAUUGAAAGAAUUAAAGCGUACUAACAUUUCAUUGCAAUUGGUUGACAGGUCUAUUAGAUAUCCAAUGGGCAUAUUGGAGAAUGUGCUCAUUAAAGUACAGAAAUUCAUUAUUCCUAUUGAUUUUGUUGUUUUAGAUAUGGAGGAGGAUGUCAAUGUACCUAUUAUAUUUGGUAGACCAUUUCUGGCCACCGUAGGUACAAUAAUAGAUGUUAAACGUGGUAAGUUCAAGUUUCAAAUUGGUGAAGAGGAAGUGGAGUUUGAUUUGAGUAAAGUGGAGAAGUAUCCCUCUUUUACUGACCAUGUUUAUUCUAUUGAUAUAUGUGAUGAAUUGGCGUCAGAGAUGAGUCAAGUUAAUCUUGAUGAUGAUUCUCUUGAAUUUUGUCUUAAUGGUGUAGGCUUACAAGAGGAACAAGUUGAAGAAAUGACUGAAUUUUUGCAGGCACAAGUUCCUUACAAAAGGAGAAAUGCGUAUGAGGAGUUAUGA